CGGAAGCGGAAACAGAAUCACGGCUGUAGUAGCUCGUAGCCAAAACAGAGGGCUGUGAAGCUCGGUAAAUUGGAGCCCUUUUGAGCUCGUUUAUUUUUAUUAAACAUUAUUUAGCAUUUGGUAGGACAUUGAUGUCAUACUGUGGAACUCAAAAUGGCGGCGGCCGGCGCAGCAAAUGGGACCAGCCCGGCCCCGGUCCUGGCCAUGGUUCUUCUUCUGGGACCGGGGAGAGUGAAGCAGCACCCAGCGGUGCUCUGGACGCAGCUGCAGCAGUGGCUGCUAAGAUUAAUGCCAUGUUGGUGGCCAAGGGCAAACUGAAGCCGUCUCAGAUCGGGCCGCCGGGACUUCCUGAAAAGGUUGUCAGUAUGGGGAAGCCUCCGGUUCCAGCAAAGGCCAAAGACGACCUGGUGGUGGCAGAGGUGGAAAUCAACGACGUUCCAAUCACCUGUCGAAAUCUCCUGACCCGGGGUCAAACACAGGACGAGAUCAGUAAAGUCAGUGGUGCAGCUGUUUCCACCAGAGGGCGCUACAUGACAACGGAGGAGAAAGGAAAAGGUCUUCCAGGAGAUCGACCUUUGUACCUUCAUGUCCAAGGACAGACCAGAGAGCUCGUGGACAGGGCUGUGAAUAGAAUCAAAGAAAUAAUAACCAAUGGUGUGGUCAAGGCAGCUACUGCUUCGUCAUCAUCAUCGUCCUCGUCUUCAUCCUUUUCCUCCAGUGGAGCUCCAGUUACAAUAUACCACCAGCAAAACCCGUCUCCAUCCACGCUGCCGCCCGUAACCCAACACAAACCACACUUUCAGUCGGGGAUGCAUUACGUUCAAGAUAAAGUCUUUGUGGGCCUGGAGCACGCCAUUCCAGGCUUCGUGGUGAAGGAGCGCGUCGAGGGACCCGGCUGUUCGUACCUGCAGCACAUUCAGGCCGAGACCGGCGCCAAAGUCUUUCUCAGAGGAAAAGGGUCUGGUUGUUUAGAGCCCGCGUCUGGACGAGAGGCCUUUGAGCCAAUGUACAUCUACAUCAGUCAUCCUAAACCAGAGGGACUCGCAGCAGCCAAAACCUUGUGUGAAAACCUGCUUCAGACAGUCCAUGCAGAAUAUUCUCGGUUUCUCAGUCAGAUGAACACGGUGAUUCCAACACAACAAGGAUUUGGGCAGCCCUCAGUGGUGAAUGGAAUGCCCCCCCAGCCUUCCUACUACCCCCCUGCUGGAUACCAGUCAGGCUACCCCAUGCCUGUCCCCCCGCCUCAGCCCGUCCCUCCACCUUAUGCUGUCCCCCCUCCUAUACCUCCUGCAGCCCCCACAGGUGUUCUCUCCCAGUACCCUUUACCCCCUGCUCCACUUCCAGCUCCUGCCCAUGCACCAGUUCCCGUGUUGGCCCCCGCUCCAGUUCCUGCUCCAGAAACCAUCCCUCAGACUCUUGCGUCAGUACCUUACCCUCCUGCCACGGCAGCACCGCUCAAAGCACCUCUCGCCGCCGCCGCCUCGGCCAACCCACCACAGAAACGACGCUUCACUGAGGAGGUGCCAGAUGAGAGAGACAGGAGACUGCUGGGAUACCAGCAUGGACCCAUUCAUAUGACUAAUUUAGGUGCAGGCUUCUCAGUGGGCAGCCCUGAGACCGUAGGACCCCCACCACCGAGUUCCUCUGGUCCAGCCAGUGAGAGGGACAGUCGGCAGCUAAUGCCCCCCCCACAUUUGUCUGUGAACGGAGGUCGACCCAAGAUGGAGGAGAGGAGGCUGCCUCAAGGCUCCAUGGAACCUGCAGUGAAGAGGGUGAAAACAGGUUUAGUAGCAUACACUGGAGACUCCUCUGAUGAAGAGGAAGACCACUCCUCCAACAAAGCCUCAGGUCCAGGUAACCCUGGGGCAGCCCCCCCCACCUCCACCUCCUCAGGCUGGACACAGGGCUAUCGCUGCCCUCCUCCACCACCUCCACGUGCUAAAUCACAGCCGCCGCAGCAGCAGCAGCAGCAGCUAAUGCCUUUCUGGAUGGCACCAUGAAGCCCACCCUCCCACAGAGUCCUCCAGGAUGGUUCACCUGAACGUCAUCACUGGUGAAAGAGGGCUCUUUUAAAUUCCUCCUCUUACUUUGGUCUGUGGGUCUGAGCGGACGUUCUGGUGUUUUGCUAGCCUGUUGUUUUUUAUAGGUGAAGGAAGGUGCUCUUCAGGACUCGUACAGUCUAAGCAAAUGCUCAGAGGAGGGAGGGAUGGAUGCUCUGCCUCGACUUUAAACAUUUCGAUAAUGGAAUGAAAAAAAAAAACCCCCACACAAGUCUUUCUAACUGACGUCACAUGACGAGUGAACAUCACCGACCUGUUUAAUGCCAACGCCCUACUUCCUGUUCUCACUGAAUUAACAGACACUACUCUUUCCAACGCCUUUCUUUUGUACAGAUCGACGUCGCCUGUCUGUGGGGGAAACUUAACAAAAUUUAUUUCAUGCUUUGUGAAAAAAAUAAAUAAAUUAUUGCCAUAUUUGAGGA